GACAGGCCAGCAUUGUUAAUUUAAAUUCAUAAGCGUAAUUGUCUUAGUACACUUCGUAGCCAUGUCGGUGGACGCUCGUGUUCUCUUCUUAUUAAUUUGUACUCAAAUGGCGACAGCAGUAGACGUGCCAAAAUUACUUCUCAACAAUAGACGGGAGAUACCAGCGAUUGCGCUGGGGACUUUCUUGGGAUUCGAUCAAAAUGGAGUUGUAAAAUCCAUAGACAAACAGUUGUGCAAUGUAGUUCUUAAUGCUAUCGACCUUGGAUAUCGCCACUUUGAUACCGCCUCUGUAUAUAACACAGAGGAAGAAAUAGGAGAAGCCACGCAGAAGAAGAUUGCAGAAGGCGCCGUCACCAGAGAUGAACUCUUUCUUACCACUAAGUUAUGGAACACACAUCACGAACGAUAUCAAGUCUUGCAGGCUUUGAAGGAAUCCCUGAAGAAACUUGGUACGAACUACGUGGAUUUAUAUUUGAUGCACUGGCCGAUGGGACUUAAUGAUGAUUAUUCAUACUCGGAUGUUGAUUUUAUGGAAACGUGGCGAGGUAUGGAAGACGCCGUGCGGCUAGGUCUAGCCAAAACUAUAGGAUUGUCUAACUUCAACAAGGAACAAGUGAAGAGAGUUAUCAGUGAAGCUGAUAUGAAGCCAGCUGUCCUGCAAAUUGAGAUCAACCCCCAAAUUAUCCAGACCGACUUAGUUUCGUACGCCCAAGCUGAAGGUCUGGUUGUCAUGGGGUACAGCCCGUUUGGUUCCCUGGUGAAGCGCUUCGGGAUGGACCUGCCUGGUCCAAAGAUGGACGAUCCCGUUUUAGUGGAGAUUGCUCAGAAAUACGGAAAGACAACCCCGCAGGUCGUCCUGAGAUGGAUGGUUGACAAAAAAAUAAUACCAAUACCAAAGACAAUAAACAUCAAGAGAUUGAAGGAGAACAUAGAAGUCUUUGAUUUCAAGCUGCAAGAGAAUGAGAUUCAGCAGAUAAAUGGGUUCGACCGUAGAGUCCGUUUCACAUUACCUUCGUUCUGGCAAAAUCACCCUUAUUACCCAUUUGAGAAGAUCGAAAAUCCUAUACCAGAUCCUUUUGCAAAGAAAUCUUAGUUCGUUAGAAGUUGAUAUAAGUAAAUUUAUAAAUCACUAUAA